AAACCAAAGGGUCGCUCGCCUCUGCGUUAUGAACCACCUCCUACGCUGCACAUCAGACCUGUUAGCCAGCAACGAGUCGAGAGGGAGCAGAAUGCCCAGUUUUUUUCACCAUUCUCCCUUACUAAGCUAUCUUCGGAGGUAUGUGGUGCCUGUCUAGCCAACGGGCCAACUCCAAAACAGCGCCUCCUAGCCUGGCUGAACAACAAACUUACUGAGAGGCCAGUCAAGAAUUUCACAACCGACUGGAAUGACGGCAUUGCCAUCGGGGCUCUGGUUGAUGCCUGCGCGCCCGGUCUCUGCCCCGACUGGCUACAAUGGCAGCCACGUGAGAAUCUGCGCAACGCCCGUGAGGCUUUGGACGCCGCCGAGCAAUGGCUCGAUGUGCCGCAGUUGAUCCGGCCUGAGGAGAUGAUCAACCCUCGAGUGGACGAAAAGGCCAUGAUGACUUACUUGAGCCAGUUUCCCAGUGCCAAACUAAAGCCUGGCGCACCACUACGGCCCAAGACCAAUCCGAGUGUAGUCAGAGCCUACGGACCGGGUAAGGCAGCCAUGACAACCGAGAGAACAGCCACAAAGCACUCACAUUUUACAUGCACGCAUAAUAAGCAAAUUCAGGGACUCAGCCCAAUAUCAUGA